AAGCUUUACGAAGCAAUGGGAAUGCAAAGAUCCGCAAGAUCCCAAUCUGAAUCCAUGUCCAAAUCCAGAUAUGAUCAUGUGGAUGGUGGCUAUAGCAGAGGUGGCGAAACAAUUGCAAUAGAUCAAAACUACAUUUCUUGGUUGAGAGAACACCCUUCUGCUCUUAGCUCGUUUCGUGAUAUGAUCAAUGCCUCAAAGGGGAAACAGAUAGUCAUUUUCUUGGAUUAUGAUGGCACAUUAUCACCCAUCGUGAGUGACCCUGAGUGUGCCUUCAUGUCUGAUGAGAUGCGCACAGCAGUACACGAUGUCUCUAAUUGCUUUCCAACUGCUAUUAUCAGUGGUAGGAGUCGUGAAAAGGUUUUUGAUUUUGUCAAGCUAAAUACGGUGUACUAUUCGGGGAGUCAUGGGAUGGAAACUAUGGGACCACCCCCACAGAACAAGUCUUAUGAUAAGAAAUAUCACCAAACAAGCUUUGAUAAUGAGGGGAAUGAAGUUAUCAUCUUCCAACCAGCUCAAGAUUUUCUACCGGCAGUUAAGAAGAUAUUAAGCGAGCUUACUGAGAGGAUGAAAAACAUACAAGGGGUCAUGAUUGAGGAUAACAAAUUUUGCCUUUCUGUUCAUUAUCGGCAUGUUAAGGAUGAGGAUUAUGGAAGAGUGGAAGAGGCAGUCCAAUUGAUGCUUGCAAACAAUGGAGAUUUCCAUAUGACUGGGGGAAAUAAGGUGUUGGAAAUCCGGCCAUCGAUACAGUGGAACAAAGGUGAUGCUCUUAUUUACUUACUCGACACUUUAGGGUUUCAGAAAUCCGAUGAUGUCUUCCCCAUAUAUAUAGGAGAUGAUCGAACAGAUGAAGAUGCUUUCAAGGUUUUAAGGGAAAGAGGAGGAUAUCCAAUCGUAGUAUCGUCGAAACCAAGAGAGACGAUGGCUUUGCACUCGCUUCGCAAUCCAUCGGAGGUACAAGCGUUCUUGCUUCGAUUAAGUAGAUGGGGUUUUGACAGUCCCACAACUUCUCAUCACCAGUAA